AAAAAAAAAAAAAAGGUAACAUAUUCUGAGCCCUUGGUUUAAGUGCAUUUUGAAAAGAACCCUAGAGCUCAGGUAGAGCUCAUCAGUGUCCGCUUCCCGGCCCGCAUCCCCAGCCGGAGUGUGCGAGCGCCGUCGCGUCAGCCCUUCUUCCCCAUCGAUCCCCCAAGCUCCUCCACGGGUGCAGUCUGGUUUUCAUUUUUGAUUAAAUAUGGGAAGCAGCCCAGCACCAUUUUUGGAUAUUGGGAAAAAAGCAAAAGACCUAUUGACGAAGGAUUACAACUUUGAUCAGAAAUUCUCUCUCUCAGUGGUUGGGGCUACAGGGCUGGGACUUACAGCUACCGGAUUAAAGAGAGAUCAAAUUUUCAUUGGUGACCUAAAUACCAUCUACAAGAGUGGAAAUACUAUUGUAGAUGUGAAAGUUGAUACCUAUUCUAAUGUAACCACAAAAGUUACUGUGAGCGAUGUCUUGCCAAGUACCAAAGCAGCACUUAGCUUCAAAAUACCUGAUAACAAAUCUGGCAAGCUAGACGUGUUGUACCUUCAUCCUCAAGCGGCCUUUGAUUCCAGUAUUGGUCUGAACCCGAAUCCCCUUUUGGAGCUAUCAGCUACCAUUGGAUCAAAGGAGCUGAGUUUGGGUGGUGAAGUUGGAUUUGAUACUGCUUCUGCUUCAUUCAUCAAGUACAAUGCGGGUAUCAGCUUGAACAAGCCUGAUUUUUCCGCCGCUCUUUUACUGACCGAUAAAGGACAGGCACUGAAGGCGUCUUACAUUCAUUAUGUUGAUACAAAGAAUGGAACUACAGUUGCUGCUGAACUCAUCCAUAGGUUUUCUAGCUAUCAGAACACCUUCACAAUUGGAAGCUCUCAUGCAGUUGAUCCAUUCACCGUCAUAAAAACACGAUUCUCGGAUGAUGGAAAAGCUGCCAUGCUAUGCCAACACGAAUGGAGACCAAAGUCAUUGUUUACCUUUUCCGCCCAGUACGACUCUAAGGCUGUUAAUGCAGCCCCAAAGCUAGGUCUCGCACUUGCACUGAAGCCUUGAUAAUGGUAACUUCUUCGAUCCCAUUUCCGCAACUUGAUAUACCUUUGAUCUUGUAGUAGAUAUUUCUCCCAUCAAUUUAAGAAGCAUCGCGAUUUUAGCCAAUUGAUAUUUGGAAACAGUGAAGUUCAUCCAUUGAUAAAAUGUUGAGACUGGUGGGGGUGGUUGGACUUAAUUUUGGAAAAUUCCAUAAAGAUGGACAAUUUUUUUGGUAGACUUGAUAUCUAAUACUUCUCCCAAAUUUUACAAUCUGAAAGCAUAUUUGAAUAAAACUCUGCAAACCUGUUGUGUUUAUGUAUUUCUCCGAUUUGCGGAAAAAAAUUUAUUGGACCAACUUAUAAAGCAGAGUCACCGUUGGCUUCAGAUUAUGUUUUCUUCUUUUCUAGCUUGUAAGGAAGUGCUCUAUUAGAGCAUUGAUUCUGAAUGUCUACUAAUAAACUUACUACAUUUUGACAAUCUUGAAUCUGACUGUAUGUUGAUUCCAUUCCAAGACGCAAGUAUAUAGAAGCUUUA